CGCGCGCGGGGCGCGGCCCCGGCCCCGGUCCCGGACGAAGACGGGGAACGCCUCAGUGCAGCGUUCGCCUCGAUCGAGAGGCUGAUGAGAGGAGUCUCAAAGGAGUGCGAGAACUACUAUGGUGCUAUGGCAGUCAACAAGUGCAAAGAGAAUGAAAUCAAACACUUCUGCAAGUACCAUGGCAAAUCAGUAGAAAGAAAGAUAGAUUCCACAGAAGAAGAGAGGACUGAAGGUCCUGUAGAAACCAGCCGAGCCCAAACUUGCCGGCGAAGUCCCAGAAGACCUUUGAAAGACUUUUACAUUGAAGUUUCUCCUGGCAUCUAUUCUGUCACAGCAAUCUCAGAAGAUGUAGCACAAACCCACGUAGUAGAUGUCAAUGCAGGACAAAGUGUUGAUUUAACUUUUGUUUUGUGAUAUUUUUUGUUUCCUGGCAUUAGCAGGAAUAAAACAUGAGGCUCUUUUUAAUGGAUGUAAUGAACUAUAAAUAUCUUUUUCUUGUUAGCACUUUAAUAUUAGCUUCCUCUUUGGGACUCCAUUUUUAUGGCCUGUAUAUUUGUUUUCUACUUAAUGCAAUUAUAUGCAGCCCACUUUGUACACUGAUUUUUAUAAAUAUUUGUACAUUGUGUGCCUUUUAAAUCCAAUUAUGUGACUGUGUAAUUCCAAAUUCUUCUGCUCUAAACAAUUAAAGAUACAAUCAGUGAAAUAAAAUACAUGAUCAAGCCUUUAUGAUGACAGCUUAUUUUGUAUUACCCUCAGAGAGAACCCCCAUGUCACAGUAUUGGCCAGAGAGAGCAUGAUCCAUGUGGUAUGAAUAUGGGUGUACAUUAGCUUCUGUAGGCUGGCACUGAUUUCAGAGCAGCUGGCUCACCAGCCACUCUCCUAUCUGUACUUCUGCUAGUCUGGUGAAGAAAUGAAAUGCAAAUGAAAUUCACUACCUAGAACCUCAACUCAGAAACAUGCUGAAAUAUGUGGCAGGUGUUCAGUCUAGGCAUAGGACCUAAUGAUUCAAGUUCUGCCUCUUUGCAGACCACACUAAACCC